AUGUCUGUUGCUCCCAACCCUCGCGGGGAAAUUAGUCUCCAGCCUUACUACUUUACUUCAUCCCUAUUUGUAGCUCCUUUCCGAGAAGACAUUCGCAGUCUCAUUCACGCAUUCCACGAAUGUCACACUAGGUUACAACCCCAAAAGCCCUUCGAGCUCUUCAAACAAAUAUGGCUUGCACAAGGAUGGGAUUGGAUGCAUUUCAAGGUCUUCGACCCGCCGAGUAGAGAAACCUUUCUCAACGUCUCUCUCAGAUUGUUCUUGGAACGCGUUGUAGUGAAAAUCGAACCACCGUUCACUAGAACUGUAGCAUUAUUUGGACUGUAUACUUUCUUUAACACUCAACCUUCCGGUUCUUCCUCUUCACUACAUUCCGUUGAUCAUAUCCCGAUAUCUUAUGAUCAUUACUCUUCCCUCCUGUCUCUCCCUGACACGUUGACUUCCGAACAGCUCAAGAAAUUACGACCGGUCGUGGGCUAUAUCCUGAAUCAAAUGGUUCGGUCCGACGUAUUCCAUAUUCUGCCUCACUCAGAAUUGGGGGCCUACAAUCCACGCAACUUGCCACGGGAGGUAUAUCUGGACCAGAACACUAUCUCUGCAUCAACCUAUCUCGAUCUGAGUGCUGAGGGCACUGAGAAAAAGAAAGGUCGACCGACAAAACGCGAUAAAGUUAAGAAAGCGAAGGCUGCUCUCGAAGGAUUAGACAAGUGGUUGCACAGGACUUCGCGUCGGAAUUUCCCUCAAAGUAACGGACAUUACCUGCUCGAACAACCCCCGCAAUCCAGCCUGGCUCAGUACCAAAAUUGCAAAGAACAAGUACUAGCGGCAAUGGGGACGAUGAAUGUCCCGGACGGAAACGACGCUCUUUCACAUUCUGGCCGCGAGGUGAUUGAGCGACUGAGGCAAGCUCAGGGACUGAUUGAGACUGAGGGGAGCGGGAAGGCAAACACCAAUAGGCGUACUAUAGGAGUGGAACGCCUACAGGAGGCAGUGGCAGAUGAGAAAGGAUUACUUGGUUUGGUUAAAGCAAGCGCCUGGACAUGA